UAUUAAUCAAAAGUCAAAUAACCUGCAACGUGUACGCAGUGUAUGUCACUGUGGUGCGUGUGGUACAUGCGCUGAUCUAUACAUUAACUAUUAAACUAGACAUAGUACGAGUCCCAAUUCGAAUCAAUCGCCAUGAAUGGGGGAGGCGAUAAGCCGUCAGAUUCGCAAUUUAUAUUGUUUCAAGAUUUCUCACCUAUGAAUGGACCAGGUGGAGGACAAGCUCAAUUGGAUGUCGGCACUCCGGACAAUCAGACCUUUGGAAACUUUUCUAGCGACGCAACAGGGAUUGGGAUCAUCGAAGAUCUGCAAGGCAUGACUUCUACGCAAAGUGUCGAGACAGAGCGGAAUUUCUGGAGCAUAGAAUACUACCAAAAGUUCUUUGAUGUCGAUACCAAUGAUGUUUUGGAGAGAAUAAUAAGAUCUAUAAUCCCAAGGAGGAACGAAAAUUACUUGCAAACACAUAUUCGUGGGAAGCCAGAUCUAUAUGGACCUUUCUGGAUCUGUGUGACGCUAGUUUUUUCCAUAGCUAUCAGUGGAAACAUGGCUAAUUAUUUGCAAACAGCCAACUCUAAAGAGUAUCAUUGGAGAUAUAAUUUCCACGUUGUUUCAAUAGCUGCGACAGCCAUAUUUACAUAUGCGUGGUUGUUGCCAAUAGCUCUGUGGGGUGUUUUAAGAUGGUCGGCCAACCAAUCAGAUGAUAACAAUGAACUCCUAGAGCCCACCGUCUCCCUGGGACUCUUGGAGCUUCUGUCUCUAUAUGGUUACUCUCUGGCCAUUUAUGUACCCGUUGCAUUUUUAUGGACGAUUCAAAUUGGCUGGCUUCAAUGGCUGCUUGUUGUAACAGCUGCGCUGAUGUCUGGCGGAGUAUUGGUACGGUCAUUGUCACCGGUCAUAGCAGGAAAAAACCGAAUCAUUUACAUUGCGGGAAUUUUCGGAAUGCACCUUUUGCUCGCUGUUGGCUUCAAGCUAUACUUUUUCCAUAUGCCAUUGAGAAAUUCUGCAAGCGAAAUUGUUGAGACUGCCUUGCGUACCGAUGCCGUACUUCAACCAGUGAACAACAAUUUGACCAAAUUUUAGACACAUCAUACAUAACACCAAGUAUAAAUGUCAAAUAUAUCAAAUUGUCGUUGCUGCUUGUAACUCACAACCGAAUUUGUAUUUAUUAUAAUAAUCAGGCUAACCUCUAUAAUAUAUGAGACUUAUCGAUAGAUGGAUUUUGAAAUCGAGCAGUAACUUAUAUUCACGCUUUCUUCUGCACUUCGUUACCAAUCGGUACAUACUUAUUACAUUAAAAGUUGUGUCAUCAUUUGUCUCAGAUCUUAGCGAUAUGAUAAGGGAUAGUCGAUCAAUGUUCCUUGUGUAUGGUCUGAUAUUAGAAGAAAAUAAGAAUGUACGUACACUAAAAGUACGUGGAUGGUUAUUUUUGCUUUCAAAUUUCUCAGUCAUGCCAGGGUGCUGAUUUUUUUUCUGGUUCUUUUAGGUAAAUGUAUGGAUACUCCAAACCAUGCGGGAAGUUGAUUUUAUCAAAAUUGUGUAUGUUACAAAAAAAAAUUAAAAUACGUACAAGAAAUUGUUUAUAUUACAAA